AGACAGAAGAAGAAGAAGGAUUUCUCCAGCAGUUUGCAGAAAGCGGAUCCGUCUGGGCCUCUGUCUUCAAAUCGAAAGUAAACUGGAGACUUGAUUCUUAGGAAAUUCAAGUGUACAUUUCUAAGAUUUAUGAACUGCCAUAAAUAUCACACAUCAGGGCAGGUCUGAAGUCAGUGUGUGGUCAUGGAGAACAGAGACAGAUCUUCAUCUGCUGACCCCAGCUGUGUGUCUCUGAAGAGUGACGCAUCCAUGCAGGAUCCUGGAUUCAGCCUCGGACCAGUGACCUCUGACCCCAGGUCCUCAAAUCUCAGAUCUCCUGGGCUCAAUAUUCACCCUCUGCUGAAGUGUCAGUCUUGUGCUCAUAUCGCUGAUCCAGAUCAGUGGGUUCAGACUGAGCCGUCGUUCUGCACAGAUGAAGGAGUGUCAAAGUUCAGGGUCAGCACUCGGCCAGGCCGUUACGAGUGUGUCAGCACCAGGAUGCGAUGGGUCUGUGAUUGUGACGUCACUCUUCAGUAUCACACCGUAGACGGACGGUUCCUCAACACAGAACUGAAGAGGCUGCAGUGCAACCGAAUCGCUCCAGUGAUGGACGUGACGGUGAUCUCAGGGAAACUGGAGGAGGUUCAUCUGCCACAUUAUGCCUGUUUAGGAGAGUCUGAAGCUUCCCUCAGAGAUGCUGUGAAAGUCCUCAGCAUAGAAGACGAGGGAAUAACCACAGAACCUGUUCAGCUGACACGAUUCCAUGCCAAGAUAGUCCAACCAUUCUUCUCUCUCAAAACAUUAAUUAUAAGACGGAUAAUGCGAUGGAACGAACACUGUGAUCUUCUUCUCUACAUGCGCUCUAAAGCUCCACUCAUUCUACAUGUCUACUUAUUUCCAUUUGAAGCUCGUGCAAAAGCAGAAGUUGAGAAGAUUGAAAAAUCGAGUUAUCUGAUCUCGCAUCCCAGACCUGACAGACCGUUUCGGAUGAAAACGCCAAACUUUCUUGAAGUUCCUGGUGCCUCUGUCCAUCCCAAAGAAGGGAUCACACUCAGAAGAGAAAUGGACCCAAACUUCUUCAAGAUCAAGGCAAGUCUGGAGAACGAUCUUCAGAUGACUCUUAUCAGAGAGGAGGACAAGAAGAUUGUCUGGACUGCAACAAUCAAGAAAGAAGAACUUGUUCAGAUUCAUCCACAGAGAGACGAGUCACGUCUGAAGAAUGAGGCAGAAAAAGCAAGAUAUUUUGAUGACCACUGGCCAGAUCUCAUUCAGAGAGUUACAGAUGUCCAGAUCAUUGCAGAUAAACUGCUUCAGCAGAAAAUAAUUAAUGAAGAACUGUAUUCAGAAAUCACAGAGAGUUUAACCCGUCAGGAUGGCAUGAAACACAUCUGUGACGUUAUACGUAAACGCAGUGAUGCUGUGAAAGCUGAACUCAUCUCAAUUCUUCAGAAAGAGAAGCUUAUCCGCUUUUAAACACGGGUCUGCUUCUACAUUUGAAGCUCAAGGAGCAACUUUUUAAACUGUUUGAAAACCUCAGACCAAAGGCUCUAAAUGAUACAAGAAAAAAAUGGCUUUUCAAAAUAUACUUGGACAGCAAUGGCAUGUCUUACAAAAUAUUAAAUGAUUGUAACAUUACAAAUAAAUCUCAUUUUUGUGUGUCUAA